UGAGUGUGUGCUGUGUUGCAGGUGGACUGUGCGGACGUGGUGCUCUUCUGGAGGAUCCAGCAGAUGCUGAAGGUGACGGCCAACGCUCUCAGGCAGCAGGUCAUGAACAGGGAAGCACGGAGGCUAGACAAGGAGAUCAAGGAAGUGCUGGAGGAGUACAGCCAGGACCAGGAGAAGAAGGAGAAGCUGCUGACCGGGAGGCGCGUCACGCUGGCCGAGGAGCUCAAGAGAGUGCGGCAGAUCCAGGAGAAGCUAGAAGACUUCAUCCAGGCGCUCAACAAGGAGAAGUGAGCGGGCGCCGCGGCGACUCCGGGAGGAAGAUGACUGUGUGUGUGUAUACGUGUGUGUCAGUUUUCAGCCUUGCUGCAAACCUUAAUCUAAGUUAAUUUAUUUGAUUCGGCAGAGGAACAACGCCUGCCUCAGUCUACGGCAAUGUGAAGGGCAGACAGACUGCCACCACACUGUCGAAUAUAUUGAGUAGUACUGCAGUUCUCCCAAACUGUGGGAGCGGCAGUCGUUUUCGGAGCCUCGAAUUCACUACGUUAUCACUGUUUCGAAACUAUUGAGAAAUAAUUUACAGGCACGGCACAAGUAAUUUUCAAUGCGGAAUACACUAUAAUUUAUCUAACAUUAGCAUUCCGACUUGCACCACGAAACUUUUUGUAGUGUUUUAGACGUGUCCACAAAAAUUGUAUAAAUUAAGUGAAGCCUCUCUUUUGUAAAAUAUAUGUACAUAUAUGUGUAAUAAAGAAUUGUAGCUCUCUCA